GGUGGCCGGCGGCGAGGGACCGUGGUUAUGCUGCGCGCGUUGAGCGACCUGGGCUGGCGGCCCCUGUACAGGCCUCCCGCCCUGCUGCUGCUUCCCGCACGUGGCCGCAAGACCCGCCAAGACCCGCCUGCCAAGUCCAAGGUCGGACGCGUGAAGACGCCGCCCGCGGUGGACCCCGCGGAGUUCUUCGUACUGACGGAGCGCUACCGGGAGUACCGCCAGACGGUGCGUGCCCUCAGGGUGGAAUUCGUGUCCGAGGUGCGGAAGAAGGUGCAGGAGGCCCUGACCGGCGUCGUGGCUGAGCGCAAGGCGCAGGAGGAUGCCGCCGAGCACCGGAGGCUGAUGGCCUGGAACCUGGCGGAGAACCGGCGGCUGCACGAACUGCGGGUGGCAAGGCUGCGGCAGGAGGCGCUGGAACAGGAGCAGCGGCAGGCGGAGGAGCAGGCCCGCCGGGCGCUGGAAGAACAGGCCCGGGUGCAGCGCAAGCAGCAGGAAGUGUUGCAACUGCAGGAGGAGGCGAAAAACUUCAUCACUAGGGAGAAUCUGGAUGCACGGAUAGAAGAAGCAUUGGACUCCCCAAAGAGCUACAACUGGGCCAUCACCAGAGAGGGGCUGGUGGUUAGGCCACAGCACGGAGGCUCCUAGGAGCCUCAUAAGGACAGUGUCUGCCCAGAGACCUUAUGUGCAUAGGGGAAGGAGGGCUGGGCUUGAUCUGGAGUAAAGCAGUUAGUACCUUACUGUGGGAAAGGAGUGAUAAGUGCAGAGGCCAAUGCAGCCCUUACACUCUGGCUCCUAUGCUUAUCACUUGGUCAGAAUCUCCCAGACACAGUGCCGUGUUCUGUCCCUAUGUAGAACUUCAGGAGUGCACCAGACCCUAGAGUGGUUUCCAUCUCUCAGAAUGUCAGGCUGGGCCACAUUCCCUUAGGUAGCCAGGCCAUCUUCUGAGUAUUAUAAGCCAAAUGUGAUCUGUUGCCUCCUUUUGUAAAUAAAGUUUUACUGAAACAUAGACUUGCCCAUUCAUUGACUACAUCUAUACUGUUACAAUGGCAGAGAUGGGUAGUAACAACAGAGACUGAAUGACUUGCAGAAUC